AUGUCGACCCUGUCGAACUCGCAUUUGGACUUGAGGGUGCAGCGGUUCCUCCACACACGCCUCGGACGCGGCGGAACACCGGAUGCGCGCCCGCGCCCGCCGCCCAUCUUCGCGACGGCGGCCGCCCUGAGCCUGACUGACCCCUCGCCGAGCGCUCGGUGCCGCGCCACCAGCACCGCGCUCGCAGGCUACCCACGGUGCGCGGUGCGCGGGGAGCGCUCGGUCGAGAUGACACCCACUUGACACCCCAUCCCCCGGAUCACACUACGGUCGACGCGUUGUUUGCGGUGCCUUGUCGCUCGCCCCUCACGUUAGCAGCAGGUGUCGCACUUGCUGCCUUGGCCUCAGCCUGGCGCAUUGUUCAACCAGAAGAACAACGACCCCUUGGACGACCGAGACACCGACCUCCGCUCGCCAGCCCUCGCGCGAUACUGCUCUCUCGCUCUGCGUCAACCCGUGUGGAUCGACAACGCAGCGCAACGCGGUGGUUUACGCGUGGCCUCGAAACGCCCAUCAUGGCGACUCGAGGGGGCUUCACCAACGCCGACAAGGUUGCCAAUCUCAUUGUGGCUUGUCUGGUGAGUUGGCCUACUGCCGAAGCUGGUGCCGCCUCAAGCUCAGCACGGUCGUGUCGGACUGUGCGCCACGCCCCCUGCCCUUAUUAUCGACUGCUGGCUGCUGCUGCGCUGCUGCGUGUUCGGCGCGGCGCAGCACCCGACGAAGUUCCAUGCCGAGAGCCGAGGUGCCACCUACCUACUGCCACGGGAAUGUGUUGCUGAGCCUGGCUUCGCUGUCAUCCUUUCUACUCAUCCACAGUCAUUACUGGGCGGCACUUCCAUCAUCGUCGGAUUCAUUGUGUCGUUCUCUUCGGGUCAGAAUCGACUGAGGCAGCGCAUCGUGCUAGGCUUGGGGAUCGUCGAUUUCAUCGUCGCUCUCACCGUCGUGUGAGUACUCGGUUUGGGCUUGCUCGUCUGUGCCAUCUCGACCUUGGGACCCGAGGAAUGUACGCUCGUCGACGAUACGCAAUGUUUUCGCCCGCCGCCCUCACCGAAUUCGACCAAUGACGACUUGGACUGUUGUUCCCGUCGCCGGGCCGCGAAAUGAUCGAAAUUAAGCUUGGCCAGGCCAGCGAUUGAUUGCGGAUCCGCGUCGGCUGAUCCGCCGCGGCGACAACCGACCUGCCUGCAUGAAGAACGACCUGCGAUUUUCGCGACAGCAACGCAUCGGACAAGAUCUGGUUUUUUAUCCAAUCUCUUCGAGCUCAUGCCCGCCUCGACUGGGCAUUGUUUCGCGCCGAUCAAGGCGUAGCACCGACUCGGACAUCGCGCGCUAGAUCGCUGACCAGCCUCCUCGCAACUCGCCUUCGGGGGUCCCACGUCCCAUUGUUUCCCUUUGUACCGCAGUGUUGGCACGUCUUUGAGCCUGUCAGGACGAGCGCUUGGAACGAACAGUGCAGCAUGCGAUAUCUUUGGCUUCUUUUGUAAGUGCUUCCACAUCCACGAGUGCGCAUGUGUCCCAAGUUCGAGCCAGUUUACUGCCUCCCUGACUAGCGGUUCGGCCCACCGCUGACCAACGAGACUCGAGCUGAUCACGCCCGGUAUCUCCUGCUGUUGUUGUUUUCCCGCAUCGGUGCCAUCAGAUCAAGUGAGUCCCUUCAUCUGGGUCUCGUCGUUCACGGUCUGCGCAAUCGACCAUUCGACCCUCGUACUGACAUGGUCCCAUGCGCUCUGACAACGUUUUCAGGCUUGCACCAUCGUCAGCGCGGUAUGGACGGUGAUGAUCGCGCUGGUGACCUAUACAACGCUCGUGCAUCCGCUAUCUAAAUUAACAACUGCGCUGGAGAAGCGAGGUGCGAGCUGGGUUCUUGGGGGCCUUGCGUAUGCUAUUGGGAUCGCGCCGAGCAUUGCGGGAGCGGUCAGUGGGGAUCCACCGGGACCGGUUCAUUAUCCUCAUCUGGGGCAGUUGCUAAUCCAGGUUCACCCAUCGUCUACGGCAUACAGAUUGUCUGGAAUAUGGUUGAUCUUGGGGGAAUGUGAGUGCAAGACGCGCAUCUGCACUUCGUCGUAUCGAACACUGACCGCUCUGCCUCAAAUUCGCCAUCACAGCUGCUUUUACGAUUCCAGCAGUCUCGAGGCCAAGAUCAUGCUUUUCAUUCCGCGAGGCAUUGCGAUGCUUGUGACCAUUGGCAUUUGUGAGUUCAGGUCGGAAUCUUGGAUGGGCUCAGCCUCAUAUUUUAGCACUUGUGCGCGCUUUCGGAAUCGGCCCACUCAUGCUGGUGCCUUCGCUGCCGCGGUCAGAUAUCGCUCUCUUCAUCUUCUUCCAACGACGGGACUUGUCCAUCUUUGGGAACACAAUGUCGUCGAUCGCCGACGAGGAAGAGGAGGAGCCGGCGAUCGUAGAUCCAGGAUUCCGGCGACGAUUCAGUAGUCUAGUCUCGUGGAAUCCUCGAUCAUCCGACAUGACACAGAUCCACCGACACUCGCUGGCACCGCUCCCCGAGGAGCACCUGUCAACCCAAAGGCCGUCAGUCGGUUCAGAGGACACAGCCGUGGCGCCCCCCACACGGAGGAGUUCGGCCAUCAUCAUCGCACUACCUACGUCCUCGGCAUCGCACUCGGCCGACGAUUGCUCGCCGGACAACGAACAGGUGCCAUUCGAUCGACCCAUACCGUCUACCAAACUGCGGACACCUGCUUGCGCAGAAGCCUCGAUGCUAAACCCGAACUAUCGCUUUGGUUCGCAGGAGGAAGCGGCCGAAUCGCAUAUUCGAACGCCGGACAAGGGGCCGCGCAAGCUGAGCGCACGACAACUGAACCGACGCCUGUCGCUUCUGAUGAGCCUGUACCCGCUCGCAUACCUCGUCCUGUUCUCGGUCUCGGUCGCGCGAGUCAUCAACCAACUGGUCACCAAAGACUAUGUCACGCCCGAGUUCGCCAAAGUUAGUCGAUGGCUCGUCUUGGCCCAGGGCUUCGUCGAUGGAAUUCUCUACCUCGUCAUCGAGCUCCUCUUCCGACGAUCAGUGCGGAGUAGGACAUGA